GCUCUGUUUUUAGCUUUUACCAGUCGGUCUCUUAAGUUCUUAUGGAAGGGCCUAGGAAUCGUCCAUGUCAUGGAUUUGGACUGUGGUCUUGGCUCAAGUAGCGUCUGCCUUGCGUCAUAAUUUGCAUAUAGGGAGUGACUGUUAGAGUAGAUUGCUAUUUUCUGGCUGCAAUUAAUGGAUGUUCCCUAUAUAUAGGGCGGUAAAAUCCCAGAUAUCGGCCGGGUUCUUGUUCUUGUUUGAUUCACAAGACAAUCAACGUAUUAUUUGUUCACGGCUCUUAUGUGGACACUUGUCUUCUAUUUGUGUGGGAAUGUGACGAAAUGUGCUUCGAUUAGUUUCAAACGAUUCGGGGAAAACAGCUUUAGCUUAUGUUUAGAUUCUCGGCCGGAAGAAUGCCAGGUAGCAUUGUGAGUUAUGAUGAUUGAUUACCUUGGAUAUGCCCAACGAUCAAAAAGGAAGGGAAAAUUGUCUACUUUCGUACGGUCUAAGGAUAUGGAAUGGAAGGAAGGAAUAGUGAAUGAUUUUGGUUGUUGGUGGAACUUGGAAUGGAAGCUGUCAAAUUGGAGAUAGUGCAAAUCUUUCCCAUCUUCUCUGGAGGCCCUUCAACUAAUAAUCAGUCUGCUUAGCUGUCAGUCAGCCUUCUGCUUUGGUGUGGGAGCAUGUCCCUCAAUCCCUCUCACAUCUGAAUAAGAAUCAGAGGAUAUUAUGCUGAAUUGUAUGGUACAUGACUUGAUUUUUUCAAAGCCUUAUGUUUAGUUGUUAGAGAUGUUGGGCUAAGUCUCGGUGAAUGUUGUUUAUUUGCUGGAAACCUACUAUGUUCAACUGUUCAAGUGAAUUGUGUUCAUUGUUUGAACCUACCGAGCUAGUUGAGUGAAGGAUUUGAUUCUCUCUUUUUAGGUCUUAUCUUAAAUCUUCACAUGGAUCUAUUGUGCGACUACUACCUUUACUAGAUAUGGGAUUUAACUGAUGACAAUCUUGAAUCAUUACUUUUCCGAUCUGGGAUUUUGCUGAAUCCACAGGCUGCUUGUUAUGAGUCAAUUAAAGUCUGGUAAAAUUUAUAUAAGUGAUUGUGAUAAGGCACGAUGGUUUAAGGGUGCUUCAUGGAGAUCCAUGCUGGUUUUGUGUUGGCUGUGAUUUUGACAAGAUGAGACACAUGAGUUUUGCCUACUUUUUCCUGAGCUGUUGAAUGUUGCAACUUUCAACACUGAUUAGCAGUAGAUAACAUCUAUUACAUGGAAACUGAAAUAACAUGUCCGUAAAAAUAAUUGGGAGUUUUUCACUGAAAGGAUGUGAUAUCUGAUUUGCAUGGGUUACAUGGAAUGCUAUUUACAGGGGAUUUCUAGAUAUUAUUGCAAUAAUCAAGGUCAAGGUCAAGGUAAAGGUCAUCCAUCCAUAAGGAUUGAAGCUUGUGUACCACUUCACUUAAUCAAAUGGGAACAGGUGAAGAGAGCGGACCUGCUAAACCAUCUAAACCGGCAGCUACUUCUACUCAGGAAGUUCAAUCAACACCCGCAUAUCCAGAGUGGCCAGGUUCCAUGCAGGUUUAUUAUGGUGCUGGAGCCACUCCACCUUUUUUUCCAUCAACUGUUGCUUCUCCCCACCCCUAUGUAUACCAGCAUACAUUUGUACCACAUUAUGGCACCCCAGUUCCAUAUCCAGCUCUAUAUCCUGCAGGGGGUGUGUAUCCUCACCCUAAUAUGGCCAUGGCACCAAACACAGUAGCACCAAGCGCGGAGACGGAAGGAAAGGGAGUUAAUGGAAAGGAUCAGCCCUCUGCAAAGAAGACAAAGGUAACACCAGUAAGCAAAGUUGCAGAGAGUGGAAAAGCAGCUUCAGGUUCAGGGGACGGCGGCUCCCAAAGUGGAGACAGUGGCAGCGAGGGCUCGUCAGAUGGUAGCGAUGACCAGCAGGAAUAUACAGCAAGUAAGAAGGGAAGCAGCUUCAAUCAGAUGCUGGCAGAUGCCACUGCACAAAACAACAAUGGUGCACCAAACCCCCAUGGUGCUGUGCCUGUUGCAUCUGUUCCGGCAACCAAUCUAAAUAUUGGGAUGGACUUAUGGAACGCCUCUCCUGCUGCUGCUGCCUUGGGAACUGCAAAAAUGAGGACGAAUCCCCCUGGUGGUUCAUCGUCAAUGCCUGAGCAAUGGCUUCAGGAUGAGCGAGAAAUUAAAAGGCAGAAGAGAAAGCAAUCUAACAGGGAGUCGGCUAGAAGAUCCAGAUUACGCAAGCAGGCUGAAUGUGAAGAGCUACAACAUAGGGUACAAAACCUGACCAACGACAAUCACGCUCUUAAAAAUGAGUUACUGAGGCUUUCUGAGGAGUGCGAGAAACUGAAAUCUGAGAAUGAUUCCAUCAAGAAAAAAUUGAAGGACUCAUACGGGCAAGAAGCAGAAGAUCAGCUUGAGCAAAACAACCUGACCUCGCGAGGUGACGAAGGGAAUAGUUGAGAGAUGACAUUAGGAGGCUACUUCUGAUAGAUAUAUAGCACUGCCCUACCCAGUUGGUCUACUCGCAGUUACGAAGUAUUGACCACCUUAUUGAGCCAUAGGACAAUGAUUCUCUUCACUGAUCUAUACCCUAUUUACCCUUAACCCUUUUUAGUUGUAACAGUGUUUUCAACAUUUUUUUUUUACAUCCCCUUUAUAAGGACUGUAACUGAGCUGGAAUCCGUGCUCAUGAGACCUAUACGACUGCUUUGUUGUGCUAUUAUUAGUCAAGCAGGUCGUAAGAAGGCCAUGUCUGGGGAUUUUGUGUAUUACUACAUACAGUAGUCUGGUUAAUUUUCCCUCCAUUGAACAGAAGGAUAGCAAUUUUCGAAUCAAUGUGCGUAUAUGAA